CUUAAGGUACUGUAGUAUGUAUAAUACAAAGGAAACUUUGUAUAUUUGUUGGAUGAGAAGUGUGGUCCACAAUAAAGAAAAAAAGACAUUCACAAAACAACAUAAUUUUAAGAAGACAUAUGGACAUCAGGACAUCGAUGGAACUGUUGCAUUGAGCAACACUGCAGCCACAGUGAAGUUUGAAGGGGUCAGAAUAAGAGGCCAUUCAGAGAAAGGCCUGGCUUUGGUCAGCAUAAGUAUCUGGCUCAUGUUUGUGCCAGACACACAGAUAGCAAGUGAUAUUAAGUUCAUUACUGAAACAACGUAAAUCACUAUUAACUAUCUCAUGAUAAUAUUUAGUAUGUUAAGUAUGACCGCAUCCAUCCAGUUUGUGUCAGUUGUGAGCGAUUCUCGUGUAGUUAUAAUGAUAUUAUUCAUACUAGAGGGUGUGAGCCUGAAAGCUGAGUGGGUAACUGGGGCUUUAUUAACUCUGCCCAUUUCCUCCACUGUGAAGACAUCCGGUUUGUGUUGAACUUGUGGACCCCUACCUGUGAAUGGGUAUGUGCCAUCAUUAGCUCCACUUCAUGUCCAUGGCCUUUGUCAGCCUUCAGCUUGAUGCCAUUAUAGGUCCUGGUGUGUUCGAUCAAGGCGACUAUGACCACGUGAAAGCUCAAACCAAUUAUGGUCCCUGGCAGCGGCUUACGAUCAGGCUCAUCUUGUGUGGAGGGAUUUCUGUAAAUUGGAUCAGGCUGCUUAAAGGGGCUUAGCAUGACGUACUGCAACUUUGAGUUUAAUCAUGAGGAUCCUCGGCAAUCCUCCACCUCUCAGAGAGAACAGAACAUCACGAUUAGUCUCACCUGUGAGUUAAGGAAGGAAAACUGGUAAAAGUUGGGGAAAAUAAAGCUUUUUGAAAUUUGAAGCUUCUGUCACAAUGGGAGAGGAGAAAGCUUUGAAGAAAUAACACUCCUGUGCUCCUCCGGGGUCCUCCUGGGUUCUUCAUCUCGGCUUUUUUGCUGUGGGAUGGAUUACCUCCUGAGCUGAUUCUCCUUUCCUGUUGGACCAGCCAGAGGAGACCCUGACAACAAAGAGAGGGGGAAACUAGGACUGCAGGUUGGUGCAUUCAAGAGCAUUUAUUCGAAGGGUCAAACUCUGGAAAUCUUGGAGCUCCUGCUGAUCUAGAUCAUCAUUUGACUCUCUCCAUUCUUCACAGGCAAGGACACAUCUCAGAUUGAAAAAUGGCUUUGAUGUUGGUCAAGUUUGAUCUGAAAAAGCGAGUGAAGCUCGCUCAGACAGUGUGGUUCAUGUACUGGUUUGCUGUUAUGGCCGGCGUGCUGGUGUUCAGCAUGGGCCUGUUCUUUAAGAUCGAGCUGCGAAAGCGCUCAGAACUUAUGGACAACAACGAGAGCCACUUCUUGCCCAACCUGCUUAUAUUCAUGGGUCUAGUAACCUGCGGCAUCAAUGCCUUUGGAGGCAAAGUCUGCUAUGACUCACUGGACCCUACCAAGUUUGCAAAGUGGAAGCCCAUGUUAAAGACCUUCUUGGUGUUCUGCGUGGGCUUCAACGCCCUGCUGCUUGUGACGGCCCUGCUUUGUUUCUUGAUGAGGAUCCCUCUGCAGUUCACCCUGGCUGAGGGGCUGAGGAACGGCAUGAGGUACUACAAGGACACAGACACACCGGGACGCUGCUACAUGAAGAGGACCCUGGAUCUGAUGCAGAUGGAGUUUCGUUGCUGCGGGAAUGACAACUACAGAGAUUGGUUUGAGAUUCAGUGGGUUAGCAACCGCUACUUGGAUUUCAGCGCAAAGGAAGUCAAAGACCGCAUCGGGAGCAACGUGGAUGGCCAGUACCUGAUGGAUGGAGUCCCGUUCAGCUGCUGUAACCCCAGCUCCCCCAGACCCUGCAUCCAGUACCAGAUGACCAACAACACUGCCCACUACAGCUACGACCACUACACUGAGGAGCUCAACGUGUGGAAGCGUGGCUGCCGUGAUGCCCUGCUGUCCUACUAUGGAGGCAUGAUGAACACCAUUGGAGCCCUGGUGGUGCUGGUCACUAUGCUGGAGGUUGCUGUGACCAUCGGCCUGCAGUACGUCAACAGCUCCCUGUCCACCCUGGCUAACCCGGAGGACCCAGAGAGCGAGAGCGAGGGAUGGAUCUUGGAGAAGACAGUGAAGGAGACGUUCACCGACAUCAUGGCCAAAAUGAAGGCCAUGGGCAAAGGCAGCAAGGUGGAGGAGGGGGGCGAGGCAGCGGUUGCGACUGUGAGCUGAGCUAAACCCUCUUGCAAAAACUGACACCACUUCCACCUGAAGAGGAGAGGAAGGGGACGUGUGAGAUUACUACUUUUUUUUUCUACUAACACUCAUUAUGUAGACAUCUCCCACACACACACACACAUAUUUGGCUAUGAACUCCUUUUAAAUGGACACCUUACAAAUGGACUCUUUACGUAAAUAAUACAAACAUAGAGAGAGAUUAUGAGUAGAAUGAGUUCUAAUUUGGUUUUUAAUUUUGGUUUUCCAUAACCAAACAAGCUCACAUCUUUUAAAGAGAUUUCUUGUUUUGGUUUCUGAUAUUCUGUGGAUUUGGAUUCCUUUUCCAAAAAAAAGUGCAAAAUGGUAAGUCAACUAAAAGUGAUAUGUACUGAUAAAUGUCAUAUGCUUUGCAAUCACAAGUGAGUACAUUAUUUUUCCUUUGUAUUGUUAUCCAGUAGUUUGGUGGGGAUGGUGGUUGCCAUGCAACCCCCCCUCUCAUGAAGCCAGAGGUGCAGAUGGAAAAUAUUUACAGCCCAAGAAACACAGAGUUUUAUUUUUACUGACCUGUCUGUAGUGCUUUGACUUGUAGCUGAUACUGUGUAUAGACAAAGCAAACAAAAUACCCUCCCACCACUCACCUCUUUUUACACUCCUGUCCACCUUUGGACACUGGAGAAGCUCCUGAGAUGGAGUAAAAAUUACAACAAUUGAAUGAAUCAGUAUGAAUUAUGCAUGAAUGUUGAGGCGCAUGGUCGAUGAGUUAGGCUUGGGCAUCAGGAGGUGAGCUCCAGAGAGAAGCAGGGGCAACUCCAAACCUGUGGAGGACGACUGAAACUGGCAGCUAAAUCUUGGCUCCUGACCCCUGUACUGUAGACUCAGAUCCUCUUUGAUGUUUCCCUUGUGCAUUCAGUUCCUGUAUAUUGACACUUAUGUAUGUAUAUUCUAACAACUGGAUUGCUGUCUUUGUACAUAGUGUAGAAAUGAUGAAAAAAUUUAACUUUUUUAAAAAAUAAUGUAAUUAAGCUAAAUCUUUUAUUUAAAUCCAUGUAAAGUUUUUUCCAUAUGAUUUUUUUUUGUGUGUGUGUGUGUCCAUGUAGAGAAGAGAUUACGCUGAUUGUGUACAUGAAUAAAGGAUUUUAGAGAUGUGAUUCGACAGUGAAA